AGUGACAGGUUCUACCGUUAUAUAACUCGAUAACUUUCUCUCUUUCCGGAAGAUGAGCAAUGCAUGCACGCGGAGAGCUGUGAGAGAUGCCUGGAGGCGCACCUCGACUGCGCCUGGUGCACUGAUAAGAUGUACGAGGUGGGGCGCUACCGAUGUCUGACACGCUCCCAAUUGCUAAAUUCCAAUUGUAGCGAAACGGAAAUAUAUGAAAAUCAGCCGGUAGUGGAUGUUCUGCAAGAUAAGCCCCUAAAGGAUUACGAAGCUAACGACGAUCAGGCGGUACAGGUGACACCACAACGCGCUUACCUUAAGCUAGUCAAAGGAAACACGCAACGCAUCAAGCUGAGCUACCGACCGGCACGCAAUCAUCCACUCGAUUUGUACGUGCUGAUGGAUCUCACCUGGACGAUGCGGGACGACAAGGCGACUUUGGAACAGUUGGGCGCGGAACUCACCAAGACCCUCAAGAACUUGACCGCCAACUACAGGCUGGGAUUUGGGUCGUUUGCGGACAAGCCAACCCUGCCCAUGAUUCUGCCGCAGCACAAGGAGAAUCCCUGCAUCAGUGAGAGAGCCAACUGCGAACCCACCUACGGAUACCGCCACCAGAUAUCCCUAACCGAGGACAUUGAGGAGUUUACCAUGGCAGUGGCCGAAAGCAAGAUCACGGGGAAUCUGGAUAAUCUCGAAGGGGGUCUGGAUGCCCUGAUGCAGGUGAUUGUCUGCCAGCAGGAAAUCGGUUGGAAGGAGCAGGCCAGAAAGGUGGUGAUCCUGGUCACCGAUGGCUUCAUGCACAUGGCCGGCGAUGGGCUCUUGGCGGGUAUAGUUCGGCGUAACGACAAAAAGUGUCAUCUGAAUAGUGCAGGUGAGUAUACAGGAUCCUUGGAGUACGACUAUCCGUCGCUGGAGGAGAUGUACAGAGAGCUACUCCGUCGCAAGACCAACGUGAUAUUCGCUGUUACGGAGGAAGUGCUGGGUACCUACAGGGAGUUGAGUGCCUUGAUGCAGGAGAUAAGUUAUGUGGAUACCCUGAGUGCUGAUUCUUCGAAUAUUUUGGAAUUGCUUAAGAAGAGUUAUGAGAACCUGAUUAAACGAACUCAGUUUGCCGACAAUAGUCCGGAUUUCAUAAAAAUGGAGUACUAUACCGACUGUGGUGGACAGUUUCCCAGCUUACGUAAAAGGAAUUACUGCACCAAUGUCAGUCUGGGGAAGGAAAUAGACUUUUAUGUGGAUGUGACUCUCAAGGAGUAUCCAGCCAAUCAAGUUUAUACCCAUAAAAUUCGCAUUGGCGAGGCCUCACUCAGUGAGUAUAUGGAUUUGGAUGUUGAUCUUCAGCGACCAUGUCCCUGCCGCGAAGAACCGGAUCCGGAGAACGAGGAAGGACGUUUCAGAUGCCAGAAUCAGGGAUACCUCUACUGCGGAAUGUGCAACUGCGACGAGGGAUGGACAGGCACCUAUUGCACCUGCCCCACAGAUGCCACCAACUUCACCACCAAUGAAGGCCUGCUGAACCAGUGCCGGCAGCCCAAGUCGGAUAACUCGCGAUCUCCUCUGGUCUGCUCCAACCACGGAGACUGCGAUUGUGGAAGCUGCCUCUGUGACUUGGGAUACACUGGUGACUUCUGCGAGUGCCGGGAGUGCAUCGAUUGCGAUCUGGAGCGCGCCGACUGCUACUGUGGCCAGUGUGUCUGCAAGUGGGGAUGGUCCGGGACCAGAUGCAACUGCAAAGAGGACACCGACGCUUGCUUGGGGCCCACUGGGGAGGUGUGCUCCCAGCGAGGAAUCUGCGACUGCGGGGAGUGCAUCUGUGAGGAUCCCUAUCUGGGAAAGUUCUGCGAAAUCGAUCCCGAAAAGGACAAUAAGCUGUGUCAGUUCUACGAGCCGUGUGUCACCUGUUUGAUUGAACAAAAGCAGGGCAUGGGUGCCUGUGAGAACCUCAGCGAACUCUGCACCAGCUUUGAUAGCCAGGAGAGGUUCACCUACUCAUUCGUGUCCGAAUUGGAUCCCGAGCACACCCACUGCCUGGUCAGGUUGGUGAAUAAGCACGGAAUCCAGUGCGAUAGCUUUUUCGAAUAUCAAGUCAUCGACCAUGCCAAUUUCCUGACCAUCCAAGCCGUAGAUUGCGAACCUUUGGAUUAUGUAGCCUUGUUUGGGUUUAUUUCGGGCUUCACUCUACUAAUAGGGCUCCUCCUGAUCUUCUUGGUCUGGUGGUGUAUUCGGGCCAAGGAUGCCAGGGAGUAUGGUAGAUUUCUGGAAGAGCAGAAGACGGUUGUGCGACAAGAAAAUCCCAUCUAUCGAGAUCCAGUGGGAAGAUAUAAGGUUCCAGAGUCUCUCAGCGAUAAUUUUGAUAAGAAUCCGUUUGCAAGUUGAUUAUAGAUCUAUUAAAAAAGUUUCUAUAGGUUUAUAAGAUGUUAUUUAAACAAGAUCUGUACCAAAGAAAGGACUAAUGAAGAACAAAAUCUGACAAGUUUCAUUAUUUUGUAUAAUAUAUUUGAACAUAAUUUUGAUUUUAUACAUAAAAUUGGAUGAAUCGUUCAUUAAUUUGUAUUUAUAGUCUAAGCUAUAUAUAACCUAAGAAUUUGUUAUAGCUAAAGAAGAGAGUAUAGUUUUACAAGGUUUUUUUUCAUUUAAGUAAUAUGUUUAACAAUUCUUUUGAGCAAAAAGUUAGUUUUGAUUUCAUUUGUAUAUUAGUAGAAAAUUAUUGAUUUAAGAGUUAAUCGAUGACUACUGGCAAAACGGAAAUGCAAAAUUGAUCUUAAAAUAAGGACUUAUGUACGUGUAAGGAGGCAUUACAAAAAUACAAUUCAAUUAAUUAAGGCUAAA